AUGACUAAUGAUCUCCAGACCAAAGGCCGCGCAGCCAUCGACGCCGCCAUUGCCAAAUCAACCUCAUGUACCAAAGAUAAACUCCGAGUACGCCGAGAAUGGGGCGACAUCACAGCUUCAGAAAAACGCGCCUACAUCGCUGCUGUCCAAUGCAUAACCAAAGCGCCUUCCAAACUCUCGCCCACUCAAUAUCCCGGCGCCAAAACGCGUUUCGAUGACUUUGUAGCUAUCCACAUGAAAAAUACACUGUCUAUCCACGGCACGGGCAACUUCUUAUCCUGGCAUAGAUACUAUACAUUCGCAUAUGAGAACGCGUUGAGAGUCGAGUGUGGAUACAAUGGCACGCAGCCGUACUGGGACUGGGGACGCUGGGCAGCCAGUCCAGAGACGAGUCCAAUCUUCGAUGGGAGUGAGACGAGUAUGAGCGGUCAAGGAGAGAAGGUACAGCAUAGUAGUAGUGGAUUGAAGCCAGCGGGAAACGGGGGUGGGUGUAUUGCCAGUGGGCCAUUCAAGGGAAUGAUGGUUAAUCUUGGACCGGUCGCAGCAAUUGAUAGUCCGGCGCCUCCACGGAAUCCACGAUCAGACGGAUAUGGAUACAACCCCCGCUGUAUCAAGCGCGAUAUCAGCAAUUACCUUACGCAGCUUUACGCGACAACGGACAAGAUCGUUGGUUUGAUCAACAACAGCAAAACCAUUGCAUCGUUCCAGGAUACCAUGCAAGCUGCGAAUGGCCCUCACGGUGCGGGACACUUCACCGUUGCUGGUGAUCCUGGUAGUGACUUUUAUACAUCACCUGGUGACCCAUACUUUUACCUCCACCACUCCAUGGUAGACCGUGUAUGGUCUAUUUGGCAGAGUCAAGACUUUGCAAACAGGCAACAGGUCAUAGCGGGUGGUACUUCGAUGAUGGGUGGUGGGAGGGCACAGAGUCUGGAGGAUAACGUGGAUUUGGAGGUGUUGAAUGUCGAUGGCAAGGUGUACAAGAUCAAGGACUUGGUCAGUACGGUUGCAGGACCGUUCUGCUACGUCUAUGAGUAA